CCUGACUUUUGCAUAACCAGUAAAGAAGAAGAAACUCGUCUUAUUAGUAGUAGUCACAAACUAAUUGGUAGUAGCUGUAUUCCUCAACAGUCUGACAGCUGGAUUUAUACCGUGGAGAGAACGACAGAAGUUAAAGAAUAUUGGCAGCAAAGCGAGUGAGACUGUGGAUACCCGAGUGAUCGAUACACAUCGGGAAAAUACAGAGAGACUGUGUCCACAGUGAGACAGGAGCUUAUUUAGACUAGGAGCAGAGACAAGAUGAGUGAAACCGCUGUGGACUCGAACACGCUCUGCCUUUUCGAUGUUGACGGGACGCUCACUGCUGCGAGACAGUGUGUUACUCCAGAUAUGAAAGAGUUCCUUGAGAAGUUGAGGACUCGAGUUCGAGUGGGAGUGGUAGGAGGGUCUGAUCUCAGCAAGAUCAAGGAGCAGCUUGGAGAUGACGUGAUCCAGAAAGUGGACUAUGUGUUUGCUGAGAAUGGUCUUGUGGCCUAUAAAAAUGGACAGUUGCUCUCUAUCCAGUCCAUCCAGGCACAUAUGGGAGAAGAGCUACUGCAAGAUUUCAUCAAUUUCUGUCUCAACUACAUGGCCAAGAUCAAACUACCUAAGAAGAGGGGGACAUUUAUUGAGUUCCGUAACGGCAUGUUGAAUGUAUCCCCUGUUGGACGCAGCUGUACGCAGGAAGAAAGGAGAGAAUUCUACGAGCUAGAUCAGAAAGAGAAAAUCAGAGAGAAGUUUGUGUCUGUAUUAAAGGAAGAGUUCAAAGGAAAGGGGCUCUCAUUUUCAAUUGGAGGGCAGAUCAGCUUUGAUGUGUUUCCUGAUGGUUGGGAUAAGAGGUACUGUCUGGGGAUUGUUGAGAAGGACAACUACUCAACCAUUCACUUCUUUGGAGACAAGACCAAACCUGGAGGAAACGACUACGAGAUCUACUCCGACCCUCGAACCAUUGGCCAUGAAGUCACUUGUCCAGAGGAAACACACAAACUUUGUCAGCAGCUUUUCUUCCAAUGAGAGAAAAGUAACUGUAACUGUAUGUUCACAUUUUGUUUGGACUUUUACAAUUAUAUUAUUGUAAGUCUUAACCAUCUGCCAAGAUGUUAUCUUGGGCUUUGAUUGCAAAAGUAAUCGAUUUCAUACAGAAAAAGCCAAUGUCAUAAUGUCUUUGAUAAUAGUCAAGGAAUGAGAGGGAAGAAGUCACUGUCGAAAGACACGGGAUAUCUUUCUGUUUUUUUGGUUGGGUUCAGAGCCAUCAUGGCUUUAAACAGAAAAAGUACAGGUUUAAAAAUUAGUGAUCAAGAGAUUGGGUGUGCCGUGAACAUUACGUCAUGGUGAAUAUUGAGUCAAAAUGCUUACCGACAUAAUUUUUAAGACCAAUGUAGCAUGAUUUUUCAUCCACAAUCAUUUUUGUGAUUGUGAAAAUUAUACUAUACGUUUUGUUUUAUGGCUUAAAAUUGCAGGAUUUUUCAUUCUGUGCCCUGCGUGUCAAUACCAUCUGAUUCUGACUCUGCUUUUAACCAAACCCCAGCUUCCAUGUGACCCACUGUGCCUCUGACAAACUACCUCAGUAACAUAAACACUGACUGAGAGCCCUUGGAUUUUUUUUUCCAGAUGUGGUUUUGUAGUGUGCUGCACUUAGUGGAAGCUUUGAAGAAAGCUCAGCUGGUCAAAUUUUGUCAGUCAAAUAUUGUUGCUGAAGCAAUGAUGUCUUUUAUCUUAUAUUUCUGUUUAAGUCUUCAUGGGUUUCGCUCUUGUCUUUGUUCAGCUACGUUUACUGUCACUGCUCUGCUCUGUCUGAGCAAACUAGAACCAUACACAUUACCUCCUGUGUGCUGGCUGAUUUUUAAAUUGAAAUGUUUCUUUAGUUCGUUACUUUUAAUGUGAGGCAAAAAUGACAAGAGUUGCAGUAGAUGAAGCCCACAACAAGAAUUAAAGCAUCCAGCGUGAAAUCAUUUUAUAAAACACAUACAAAAUAAUAUCUUAUGAUCCCUUGCCUACUGAAAUUUCAAAAAAUGUAUCAGAAAAGAAAUAUAUACUAUAUGUCACAUUGUGUGACAUCCCCAGUAUGUGGCACAAUAAAUAUUAAAUAAUAAAUAUGCUCUUGGAAAUGAUGUGAAUGGUAAUGAUGAGAAAUAAAAGAACAAUACUUAAUGACAAA